AUAUGUAUUUGUUUUUAAUAUAUAGUUUGCAUAAUUAUGCUAUUAUCAAAUAAAUCAAAUGUUUACUUAUUUUAGUUCUACAAAAUAACAAUACUAUUUUUCUGCGGAAGGAUAUGUAUGUGGCAUCUUUGCUAGUAAUAGACGUCAUUUCCCAUUAUGCAUUGCCAUUAAUCCGCAAUUUACAAACAUUUGUUUGUACAAUCGAAGUUUCUCUGUUGAUCUUACAAAUUGACUGGCGCUUCGCUUCGGCAUUCCAAUACUUUCCUUUCAAUGUUAUUUGUAAAUUAUUCUACGUUUUCCUGUCUGUCCUGGACAGCGAGAAAUGUCUCCCAAGAAAGGGCACAUUUGCCAUUAUGUUACGCAAAUUACGCUUGCUUUAUUUGCAUAAUGUAUCGUUUCUGCAACUGGGUAUUGAUAAACCUACUUUGCACAUUAUCACAAGUUACUAAAUUAAUUCAUUGUAUGAUAUUGUUCAUUCAUUGAUAAUGAUUGCUUUGUCGAUGCAUAGCAUUUUCCCUAGCACUUUAUUUUUGGCACAUUGGCGGCGCGGUAUGUGCAGUCUGGCGCGCCCCCUGGGUGGGUUUAACUCCUAGAAUGUUGCUAGGAGACCAAACACAAACUCAUUUUGUGGAGAUCCCGCUAUCAUAUCUCUAGAAUUCACACAGUCUUGGCUUCCCAUUCUGAAUGAAGAGAGCGAAGUGGGCUGAGUGACACCAAAACAGCACCCCAGGAGGAGCUUGAGAGAGGAACCAUGCCAAAGAAAGGUGCAAAAAAGGGGGGAGCAGGGAAGCAGGCAGGGAUGACGGAGGAAGAGAGACUCUUGUACAUGCAGCAGAGGGCCCAGGCAGAGGACGAGAUGGCCAAAAGGAAGGAAGACAUGCUAACUCAAUUUCUCAAGGAUAAGCUGCAGAAGGAGGAGCGCAACAGUGCAGUGAACCUGCACAAGUUGACGCAGCAGUGGCGAGCAGUUCUCCGCCAGACACGGGCAGCUGAACUGCGCAGUGACAUUGCUGUGCUCAGCCAGACCUUUGAGAGGGUGCUGGACCGGAAGGACAGUGUCAUCAAGUGUUUGGUGUGUGACCUGAGUGAGGCAGAGCAGCAGUCAGCCCAGGCCCUGCGCUCUCACCUGGAGUGUGUGGACUGCCUGCUGGCCCUGCAGAAGGGUAGGCUGGCAUCGCUGGAGCAGCAGUGGAACAGCGGCCUGGAGGGACUGAGCUACGAAUUCAAUUCUGAGAGGGAGCAGAUCCUGUCCCAGCACCAGCAGGAGUGUGCUUACCUGGAGGAUGUGACCUUUGCCAUGGAGCAGUUCUACAUGGAGGUAGACGGGGAGGCUCGCCAGGACUACCAGAGCACCAGAGACGACAUCAAGAACAGGAACAUAGAGGAGAAACAUGCGUUGAGGAUCCAGUUAGAGGGGACGGUGGAGGGCCUGUGGCGUCAGUUCCAACAGGCCCUACGCAGCUACAAUGAGGCUACAGAGGACCGUCACAUCGCCUUUGAGUCGUUGAGGACCCGCGACCAGCGCAGUGCCCAGGAGAUCGACACGCAGAUGAGGAGGCUGCAGAAGAUGCAGGACUCCAUAUCUGCUCUGCGCUCUAGGCUGAACUCCAGCCAGAAGGAGAGUGAGGGGGCAGCACGGGGCCUGAGGGCGGCCAGGGAGGAGGUGACCCUGCAGGCUCGCCAGCUCAAGGCCCAGCUGAGCCGUGCCCGCGCAGCCGAGAGGAACCAGCUCACCAACCUCACCGUGCACAGCAACGCCGCUGCCAAGAACCUACAGGGCAUCAUCACUAAGGGGGAGAGGCUGCUGCGUCUGGCUGAGAUGUGUCGUAAACUGGAGACAGAACAUGAGAAAGUCCUGCCUUUCUACACCUCAUCUCUCACUGCUGAGGAAGAGAGCCAGGAGAGAGCUAAUGCUAUGGAGACUCCAUCUGAGGAGCUGGCACAGGCCAUGCUGGACUACCUGGUUCUGGAGCGGUUCUGGCAGCGUUAUAACAAGGUUCUGCUGGAGCGGCUGUGUUUGGAACGGGAGAGAGGAGCUCUGACCCAGGAGAACCAGCAACUGCGGAUCUUACUGCGCCAGUACCUGGAUGGCAUCUCCGUUAGUGACGAGAUCCUCCGCCAUCGCAACCCCCUGCUGAUGGUGUCACGGCCCACCCUCGGCGUUCAACCCACUGCUGAUGCCCAACGCAAGCGCCACACUGUCAUUGAGGCAGCACAUGUUGUGCAGCGCACGCUGUAGACUCAAUAACAGGCUCACAUCACACACCAUCACUCCUAGAUUAACUUUAAACUGCCAGAAUGCACUCCUGACAGAACUCAAUUCCUUAUUCUAUUUGUGUGUUACUUCUUUCUACCAGGUGUCUUACAAUAUCCAUCAAAUAAAAGAGGACUAUUCCAUCCGAUAAUAACAACGUUCCCUUGUUGUUUUUACAUUUUAUUAUUUAAAUAGUUCUGUGAGUUUCCUUUAUUUAUUCUUUCUCUUCUUGGCCUUCUUGCCUGGCCGCUGGGCAUUGGCCUUGUUAUAGAGGUAGAGGCCCACCAUGCCCAGCAGAGUGGGAACCAGGCCCAGACACACUAGAGGGAAGACAUCGUUCACCAUCUUCUGCCAUGGGGUUACCUGGAUCAGUGACAUCACCUCCACUUCAAACUCUAGGGCAGCAUCAGCUAACAGGACAGAGGGAAGAAGAGUGAGAGAGGAUCAACUACUGAGUGUGUGUUGCUGUGCUCAGCCAGACCUUUGAAAAGGUGCUGGACUAGCUAGACAGUUAUCAAGGUGAGACAUUUAUUGCUGUAUUUAUUAUUGUGUGUAUGCAGAUGUGUUUAAGUACCUGGGAUGGUGGGAGGGUAUCCUCGCUUUCCAUAGGCAAGGUGUGGUGGAAUAGUGGUCUUGAUUUUUUGUCUAGAGGACCAUAAGACAGAACAAGGUUAUUCUCAUAGAUUUACGUUAUCCACUAUUUGUGACAUUUUACCAAAGUAAUUUCAGACAGGAUCUUUGAUUUGCUUCACAUAGUGGUAAUAUCGAUAUUUGAAACAUUGUCCUUGCCUUGCCAAGUCGUAUUGAAUUCCUAGUGGAAGUGGUUCUAAAUUAAUGUAGUCCACUUCAAAAUGUUGUAUUGGCAGACCUAGACUGUUUACUUACCCUUCACAAACUCCUACCAAGCUCUGUUCCAGACCUGUUGGAGAUACAGUCUCCCAGUGAAUGAUGCAAUAACAAACACUGCACUGCAAGUGUGAGCUAUAUUUGAAGGUAUAUUUAAACAAUAAGGCACGAAGGGGUGUGGUAUAUGGCCAAUAUACCACUAAGGACUGGAUACAGCCCACAUACCACAAACCCCCCAGGUGCAUUAUUGUUAUUAUGAACUGGUUACCAACCUAAUUAGAACAGUAAAAAUAAAUGUUGUCAUACCUGUGGUAUAAGGUCUGAUAUACCACAGCUGUCAUGCAAUCAGUACUCAGGGCUAGAACCACCCAGUUUAGAAUACUGUUAACUUAAGCUAGUGUUCCUGUUUUGUGUGAUCAAUAUAUUGUCAAACUGUCUUUUUGAAUGGUUGUGAUUUUACCAGGGAUAACGGUCCUCUUUCCCAGCACAACAACAAGGGGGUCCCGGGACAGUGAUGAGUCAAUCACCUUGCCAUCUGCCAGCAGUUUACCCUGUUCAGAGCAUUGGAACAAUAUGGAGUGGCUGCACUGGGCACACUGGUUGAAUCAAUGACCUCGUCUGUCAAUGAAGUCACAUGGGACCAUUCUAGCCAAUGAUGGCCGACGGUUUUCACUAGUUAAUAGCCACAGUCAAAAAUGGUUUUAUCGUAAAAAUGAAAACAAAAUGUGCUUUUUGGAUUUAAUGGUUGGCAGUGUGGUUAAGAUUAGAAAACGUCACCUACUGCUGAAGACAGAUUUUAGGCCCAGUUAUGCCUCAUCCUUUCUGGUUUGGUCAUGUUCUCCUGCUCAGACAUGACAGAUCUUACAACGCCUGGUUAGGUAUUUUACUUAUCAAAACCACAUGUUAUAGAAAUCUGGUAAUGAGCAGGAGUGCUGACGUGUUGCAGCUCCCCCAUCACACUAUCUACCAAGUAGAAUGUUUGGCACGCGGAAAACGUGUCCAUUGCACAUGGGGUAAAACACGCAAUUUACUUGCCAUCCCAGAUAUGAUUACAAACUAAGUGUAAUGCAAAACUGAAAGUUGCUUUUAUUUGACAAUAUUUGAUUGGCACACGAAUUUCCCCGUCUUUAGUGAAAAAUGAACUUGCUGCUUCACACCGUGCCACAUAGGCAACAUCGUAUCGAGUCAAAUGUAUCGAGGUGCUAUGAAUCAGCACCACUUCAACUGCAGAGAACACCUUUGACCAGAUUUCAUAAAAAUCGGCAUUUGUCUCAAUAAGCAUGUAGGCUUAUGUCAAACAGGGCGGUGCCUAGCCUACCUUUGACAUUGAAAUGUUAGUUAGGCUAUUAAUGUACACUUUUUUCUUACCGUAUAGUGGAUUUGUAGCGUGUCUCCCAUUUCUGACAUUAUAGAGCAAGUUUCGGGUUUCACCUUAUGAAGGUGGAGAAGAAAAAAAAGAAAGUAAUUUGCAUUCCAAAUAAAUAAAAUACAGUUUUAUUACAUAAAUAAGCGAUACAUUAUCAAUGUUAACAAUAACAAGCUGAUAGGCCUACAUAGUUUCAAUUUGGUCUGAAUGUUGAAAUGCAUUGUAUUCGGCACGUGCAAGAUUCGCUGCUUUGGAGAAAAUGGACAGAACUCACCAAGGUUUCCACCAAUAACUCUUCCACAACAUUUUGCUCGGCUUCAGCAUCCUGUGCUGCAACAUAAACGAAAGCAGCAAGCAUGACUAGGAUGACCCCAGUCUUGGCUUUCAUUGUAAAUCCGA